UCCUGCAGCCGGGUACACGGUCUCUCUUUCAGUCGGCAUCCUGCAGCCUCACCAUGGCUGUCAACAUCCCCGGCGUGGCCGUCAUGAUGUUCUUCUACCUGCUGGUUCUCGGGAUCGGGAUCUGGGCUUCCUUCAAGUCCAAGCGGGAGGCCAAGAAGGGCCAGGGGGAUAAAACGGAGAUGGCUCUGCUGGGGAACCGGGGCAUCAACCUGGUGGUCGGCAUCUUCACCAUGACAGCUACGUGGGUCGGAGGGGGCUUCAUCGUGGGCACAGCCGAGGCCGUUUAUAACCCCUCCAUGGGACUGAUCUGGGCGGUGAUGCCCAUCGCAGCCACCAUGUGCUUCAUCAUAGGAGGCCUCUUCUUCGCCGAGCCGAUGAGAGACAAUAAAUACGUGACCAUGAUGGACCCGUUCCAGAUCAAAUAUGGAAAAGUACCGACGGCCGCUCUGUCUCUGGCCUCACUCAUAUCAGAGAUUAUGUGGGUAACAGGAACACUCAUAGGAUUAGGUGUUACCAUGAGUGUGAUCCUGAAUUUGUCCUACACUGUGAGCAUCUGGAUCUCUGCAGCCGUGGCCAUCACCUACACCCUGAUGGGGGGGCUGUACUCUGUGGCGUACACCGACAUCAUCCAGCUCGUCCUCAUUUUCAUCAGCCUGUGGCUGUGCGUCCCCUUCGCUCUGACGGGCCCCGCAGUCACAGACAUCACGGAAACCGCCUACAACUACACCUACCAGAACCCGUGGGUGGGAACUCUGGAGGCCGACAGAGCCUGGAGGUGGAUCGAUAACUUUCUACUUCUGGGUUUGGGCAACCUGGGUCUCCAGAACUUCCACCAGAGGACGCUGUCAGCCGCCUCCUCGUCCACGGCCAAGAUCACCUGCUUCGCCGCCGCCUUCAUCGUCCCGACGCUCGGCAUCCCCCCCAUCCUGCUGGGAGCCGUCGCUGCGUCCACAAACUGGAACAUGACGUCAUAUGGCUCUCCCUCUCCGGUCCUGCGGGGGGAGACGGGGCUGGUGCUGCCCAUCGUCCUGCAGCACCUCACCCCCACCUACAUCUCCAUCGUGGGCAUCGGGGCGGUGGCCGCCGCCGUGAUGUCAUCGACUGACUCCGCCCUCCUGUCUGCCGCCUCCAUCUUCACUGCAAACAUCUACAGGAACAUCAUCAGACCACAGGCAUCGGAGCGGGAGAUCCAGUGGGUGAUCCGGAUCUCCGUGGUGGUGGUGGGUCUGGCCGGCACCUCGCUCACCUUCCUGGACAACAGCGUGCUGAUGAUCUGGCUGCUGCGCUCCGACCUCACCUACACCCUGAUGCUGCCGCAGCUCGUGUGCGUGCUCUUCUUCAGCGUCUCCAACGGUUACGGCGCCGUGCUGGGCUGCUUCAUAGGCAUGCUGCUGCGGGUGCUGAGCGGCGAGCCCCUGCUCAAGAUCCCCGCCCUCAUCAAGUUCCCGGGGGGCAGCAUGGUGGACGGAGUCUACAUCCAGGGCGCCCCGGUGCGGACCAUCUGCAUGCUGUCCGCCGUGGCGUCCAUCCUGCUGUUCUCCUACCUGUUCUCCGUGCUCUUCAACAAGGACCUGAUCCCGGAGCGCUGGGACGUGUUUAACGUGAAGGCGCAGUACUCGAUACAGACACAGGACGAGCUGAAGUCUGACAUUAAGGACGAGGCCCUGAAGGAGCCCAGCGAGAACACUGAGGCGUGUGAGCCCAUGUUAGAGUCGGCAUGUUAAAGUAGGAACGUUCAUUUAAAAAAAACACAUUUUAUACCAUUUUAAGGACUGGUUUAAGAACAAUUAUUAAAUGUGAAACUACAUUAUUUUAAAAGUACAGUAUAUUUUGAAUUUUUUGUAUACUUUUAUAUACAGUACAAGUGGGAAAACACACACACCAAUGUUCUUUAUGUUAUAUUGAGAGCUUUGCAUUUUAUUUGCCUUUUAUUUCAUUGAUUGUAUGACAAUUACGACCCGGGCACAACCAUGUAAAGCCAACCACCUCCUCCAGGGGGCCGACCGGUGCCAACGUGCUUCAACGACCCAGAAAACAUACCUUAGGAGCGCAUAGGAUCCAAAUAUAAAAACACAAAUGUGCCAAACACAUGCAGCUUCAGCCACUUGAGGAAACAUGAGCAGCGUUUACUAAAAGCUGCUGAAACCAAACGCAACAGAGACCAGGGGACACUAAAGAGAGACACACACUGCUGGAGACCAGGGGACACUAAAGAGAGACACACACUGCUGGGAGCGCUGGGUGACGUUCAGGGUCAUAAAGCUGUCUCUGUCUCUGUUGUUGUUCUCCUGAAAUGUUUUCUGGUCUUAUUCUAACGAUGUGAUCACAUGACUCCUGAUGUCACUGCCAAUAUUUUACCCCUAGUUGUUGGUCAUGUUGAUGACAGGCCCAAAAAAUAAUGGCCCAGCUUUAUGAUCCUGAACGUCACCGAGCGCUCCGGUCCCAGCUGUGUGCGUCUCUCUUUAGUGUCCCCUGGUCUCCAGCUGUGUGCGUCUGUCUUUAGUGUCCCCUGGUCUCCAGCUGUGUGCGUCUGUCUUUAGUGUCCCCUGGUCUCCAGCUGUGUGCGUCUCUCGUUAGUGUCCCCUGGUCUCCGUUGUGUUGGAGCUUCUUGCAGCGUUUGGUUUCUGCAGCUUUCAGUAAACUCUGCUCAUGUUUCCUCAAGCUGCUGAAUGUCCUCUGGAUGCUGCAUGUGUUGAAGAGCUGCUGCAGAUGUUUCUUCACGUGUUUUUAUAUCUGCACUCGGCUCACAAGCUGCAGCACUUUCCUCUUCUCCUGAUGGCAGAGUUUGGUUCGUUGCAGCCCGUUUGCUACCGGUCGGCCCCCACUCCCCUCCACCAUGACCAGGAAUGCAAUACUCACGAUUGUUUCACGUGUUUUCUUGAGCAACAUUUUACGUAUGAACCAUAACUCCAAAGUGCUGCUGAUGAUUGUACUGUAGUUUCUUCUUCUUUUGUCAGAUGUACACACAUGUGAAGGAGGCCAGAGAGUUGAUAAACUUGUGUGCACAAACUGAUCAUCCAA